UCUUUUAAUUUUUUUUUAAAUUUUAGGUGAUGUUUCUUGGUGAAAUAGAGGAGAUUUUGGAUGUAAUAGAACCAAGUCAGUUUGCCAAGAUUCAAGAACCCUUAUUUCGACAAAUUGCUAAAUGUGUAUCUAGCCCACAUUUUCAAGUUGCAGAGAGAGCUUUAUACUUUUGGAACAACGAAUACAUUUUAAGUCUUAUAGAUGAAAAUAACCAGAGUAUCAUGCCCAUUAUGUACCCAGCUUUAUUUCGUAUAUCCAGAGAACAUUGGAAUCAAACUAUUAUUGCACUAGUCUAUAAUGUUUUGAAAACCUUUAUGGAAAUGAAUUCAAAACUGUUUGAUGAAUUAACAAGUUCAUACAAGUCAGAAAGACAAAAAGAGAAAAGGAAAGAGAAAGAACGAGAUGAAUUAUGGAGAAAAUUGUCUCAGCUUGAAAUUAAUAAUGAAAUUAAAAUAAAUAAUCAAAAAAGUCCAGAUGCCAUAUCUCCUUCAAAUCCUGGUCCAAAGAAUUUAAGAAAUCUGAGCCCAAAGACCAAUUGAAUAACAAGAAUAACUAUUUGGGCCAAUAACUAAUUAAUUCGUACAGUUAAACUGUGCCACAACACAACCGGAGAUUGAGUCUCUGAGUCCGAUGCAUACUAUGGUGCUCGAUGCACUGGUACAGGAGUUAUUAACCAAAAUAGACAACAGAGGCUAUGCUUGUUGCCAACCAGAAUUUGCCUGUAAUCCAGUCAGCUUCCCUACAGAUUUAAUAGUCAUCCAUCCAAAAUUUAGUAGGGAGAUUAUACUUGAUUGAUUGAUUGCAAACUGUUUAGAUAAAUUUGUAGAAAUGUUUAGAAAUCUUUUUAGAUGUGAAAUAAAUUAUGUUAGUAGUUAAUAAUAACAAUAAUAAUAAUGAUAAUAAUAAUAAUUUGUAAGACAUUACAAAUUAGUACUGUGUAUUUUUAGAUUGAUUUCUGCGGGAUGAAAUGGGGGCCUGAUUUUUUUAAUUUCACUGUGAACAAUGAUUUAAUAGCAUUCUAUGUAAGCAUUACUUAAUCAUAAUUGAUCACUUGCUUCCCAUAAAAUUAUAAACAAAUUUACAAGAUGGGAAGCAUAUGUAUUAAUUUUUAACAAUCCAUCUUCCGGCAAUUUUCUCUUCUUACUGCACAGAGCAGUGACUAGUAUUGCUAUGAUUUAUAAACUUGAUAAUCCUAAAAGUCUAAUGUUUGUGUAAUUUGUUUCUUAAGGAAAAUAGUUAUUGUUUAAUCCUAAGGAUUUGCAUAAUUAUAACUCCAAGACUGUAUUCGCUAUAUCCACGUCUCUUUCUCAUUCAGUCUCCGAGAAGUUUUAGAUUUUGCACUCAGACUUUUGUGUGAAUUGCUUUGAUAACAAACUUGUCCAUGUACAAUUUAUUGUUGUGGCCAUAUUUGUAGUGUAAAUAAAAAGAAUGAAUUCCUUAUCUUGUAUUUAUAAAAAGCUGAAUUUUUGAUUGUAAUAACAAAUUAUUACAUAUAAAGAUAAUUUUAAAUUAUAAAA